AUGUCGAACCCACGCAUUGAAGAGCUCCCGGACGAGCCAGAGAAGAAGGGCGCCGAGGUCGAGGACGCAAGCUCGAGCUCUGACUCCGAAGUCGAGGCUGCGGGCGGCGAUGCAUCCAUCCCGGCCGGUGCAUCGGUCGCGGUGCAUUCGCGCAACGAGAAAAAGGCCAGGAAAGCCAUUGCUAAGCUUGGGCUGAAGCAUGUUGAGGGCAUCACGAGGGUCACGCUUAGGCGGCCGAAGAAUAUCCUCUUCGUCAUCAACCAGCCGGAUGUCUACAAGUCCCCCUCAAGCAACACCUGGAUCAUCUUCGGCGAAGCCAAGAUCGAGGACCUGAACUCCCAAGCCCAAGCAUCCGCCGCCCAGCAGCUCGCCCAAAGCGAGGCCGCAGGCGGCGACCACGCCGGCCACGACCACGGCGACAAGGGCAAGGCCGUCGACACCAGCGACAAGAAGGACGAGGACGAGGACGACGGAGAGGAGGUCGACGACUCCGGUCUUGAGGCUAAGGACAUUGAACUGGUCAUGCAGCAGGCGAGCGUGUCGAGGAAGAAGGCUGUCAAGGCGCUCAAGGAGAACGACAAUGACAUUGUCAACUCCAUCAUGGCUCUUAGCAUAUAG